AUGGUGGAAGAAGCAAAAUUGGAUUCAAAAUCCAAACCGAUGCCGAAUGAGAAUCUGAGAUUCGGAGAAAGGGCUUUGUCGGCCGGCGGCGCCGCGUUUAUAUCGGCGGUCAUAGUCAAUCCUCUCGAUGUUGUUAAGACGAGAUUACAAGCGCAGGCUGCAGGAGUUCCGUACCAAGGCUCAUGUCGUCUCGGUUGUUUCGAAUCGAAUUCCACGGUUGUACAUGAUUUAAGAAGUAGUUCUCCAGGGAUGUGUCGAAUCACUGGUUCUGCAACUGUUUGCUCAGAUAAUCAGUACAAGGGAACAAUUGAUGUCUUCUACAAAAUUAUCCGCCAGUUCAGUAUUUACUCAUUGGUAGAGUUUCACAGGAACAACUUUAUGCAGGAAGGGUUCUCUAGGCUUUGGAGAGGUACAAACGCAAGCUUAGCGUUGGCCGUUCCAACCGCAUUUAAGGGAACGCACAGAGAUGUGAAACUGCCUGGCGUUUGGAAGACAUUAGCUGACGCCGUCAAUCCAAUCAAGGGCUCAAGUAAUGGACAAAACUACAGGAUGUUAUGGACUGGUCUUGGUGCUCAGCUUGCUCGGGAUGUUCCGUUCUCUGCAAUAUGCUGGUCGAUACUUGAGCCCACCCGGAGAAGCAUUCUCUCGUUCAUGGGUGAAGAACCAAGAGCAGGUAGUAUAAUAGGUGCAAACUUCACUGCUGGUUUUGUUGCGGGUGCGGUUGCUGCUGCUGCUACUUGCCCACUAGAUGUUGCAAAGACUCGGCGUCAGAUUGAGAAGAAUGCAGAUAGAGCCAUGAGAAUGACUACAAGACAAACCGUGGCAGAGAUUUGGAGGGACGGAGGAAUGAGAGGGAUGUUCAGUGGUGCAGGGGCUCGAGUGGGACGAGCAGGACCAUCUGUAGCCAUUGUGGUUUCCUUUUACGAAGUGGUCAAGUACGGACUACACCACUUUCACAAACAGUAG